UCUCCCGCGGGGUGCGGGCGGAGAGCUUCCGGGAGCUGAUGGCCGGGAGGAUGCGGGAGACGGCCGGGUCGCCGGUGGCUCACGUCCUGACCUACGAGAGCCUGGUGCACGCCGUGGCCGGGGCUGCGGGGGGUUUGACCGCAAUGACUGUGUUCUACCCACUGGACACUGCUCGCUUGAGGCUUCAAGUGGAUGAGAAGAUGAACGCGAAGUCUACUCCCGUCGUCUUGGCCGAGAUCGUCAGGGAGGAAGGGCUGUCGGCCGUCUAUCGCAGCUGGUUGCCUGUCAUCACCAGCCUCUGCUGCUCAAACUUUGUCUACUUCUACACCUUCAACACCUUGAAGGAGCACUGGGUGAAAGGCCAGCCCUCUUCCAACAGCAAGGACCUCGUCAUGGGCUUCAUCUCUGGGGUGGUCAACGUGCUGAUCACCACCCCACUCUGGGUGGUGAAUACCAGGCUCAAGAUGCAGGGAGCGAUGUUCCGGAAUGAAGACAUCCAGCAGACCAACUACAAAGGCAUCCUGGAUGCCAUGGCUCAGAUCGUGCAGCGGGAGGGGCUGCCGGCUCUGUGGAGCAGCACCCUGCCCUCCCUCCUGCUCGUCUUCAACCCCGCCCUCCAGUUCAUGUUCUAUGAGGGCUUAAAGCGGCAGCUGAUGCGGGGGCGGACUGAGCUCCUCUCACUUGAGGUCUUCGUUAUUGGAGCCGUUGCCAAGGCCAUCGCCACCACGGUAACGUACCCACUGCAGACGGUGCAGUCCCUGCUUCGGUUCAGCCAGCGGAGGAAGGAGCGGGGCCGAGGGGUCCUGGGAAGUCUCCAAAGCAUCAUCUACCUCUUGAGUCAGAGAGUGAAGAGACAGGGUUUCCUGGGUCUCUACAAGGGCCUGGAGGCCAAGCUGCUGCAGACCGUCCUAACCUCUGCCCUGAUGUUCCUCAUCUACGAGAAGAUUGCAGGCUUCAUUUUCCGAAUCAUGGGAGUGGUCCCUCGUGUGAAAAACUAGCAGAUGAAGGAACUACCUCUGGGACGUUGCCUUCCUCGCCACCCGUCUCCCUCCCUCACCCACACCAGAGCAGCACUGCAGAAAUCAGGCCGUGUGCGGGGAGACUGAAGGGUGAAUUCUCGUUGAGUUUGUGGACAACUUGGGGGGUCCCAUUGGAUGAGUUUACACAUGUUGGCAGUUAUUAAAAUGAAC